CACUUUUUUUUUUUUUUAAAUUUCACCUUUUUAGUCUCUUCAUUCAUCACCUUCGAUCUCUAUAAUCUUCACAUAUUUUUAUAGCAUUAUUAUUAUUUAUCCUAUAAUUUUCAGUUCAUUGUUUACUGUUCAUCUUCCUCCACUAGAAAACUUGUGUUUUGAUGACUUUCUUUGUUCUCAUGCUGAAAAUCUGAAAUCUUUUGUGUGUUUGAAAUUAUUACUGUUUCAGUCCUUUUGUUUUUGAUUUCCUUUUGUUUCAGUCCUUUUCUUUUCAAGCUAAGUGUUGAUCAUAUAUGGAUUCUCUUCAGGGUUUCCAAACAGCAAAUAUAAACCCUUCUUCCACCACCAAUUUGAAUCCAAAUUUCCCUGCAAACCUCUCCAUCACCACCGUGGGAACCACCGCCGGCGCCACCACCAACACGAUCCCUUUAUCAGCAGCCGCGGCCUCCUCCUCCUCCUCCUCUUCUUCCACUUCUCCUUCGACACUCAGUCGCUACGAAAACCAAAAGCGCCGUGACUGGAACACGUUCGGGCAAUACCUCCGCAACCACCGCCCGCCGCUCUCCCUCUCCCGCUGCAGCGGCGCACACGUCCUGGAGUUCCUCCGCUACCUCGACCAGUUUGGGAAAACCAAAGUCCACACUCAGCUUUGCCCUUUCUUCGGCCACCCUAAUCCCCCGGCCCCAUGCCCUUGCCCUCUCCGCCAAGCUUGGGGAAGCCUCGAUGCCCUCAUCGGACGCCUCCGAGCCGCCUUCGAAGAACACGGCGGCAAACCCGAAGCAAACCCUUUCGGUGCCCGAGCUGUUAGGCUUUACCUACGUGAGGUUCGUGAUUCACAAGCUAAAGCAAGAGGCAUAAGCUACGAGAAGAAGAAAAGAAAACGACCCCCUCAUCCUCAACCUCAAGUUCCUCCUCUUCCACCUCCCCAUGGCAAUCAAAACCAGUAAGAACAUAUAUAUAUAUAUAUAUAUAUAUAUAUAUAUAAAUGGAAAGACGUAAUCAUGACCCAUCUGCAUGGCAAAAGAACAUGGUUUUUCCAUUGUUCCUUUAUAUUUUUAUUUUAAUUAAUGUCAUUUUAAUUUGCACCUAUAAGAUCCUGCUGUGAAUCAAAGCAAUUCCUUUUUGUUAAUUAAAACAAUAUUUGCUUA